CCCGCGCGGGGCGCGGGCGCUUCCGGGUACGUGUGUGAGAGAGCGAUGGCGGCCGGGAGCGGAGCGGCGCCGGGCGGGGACGCGGACGAGCUGUUCGACGUCCGCAACAACUUCUACAUCGGCGCCUUCCAGGCCGCCAUCAACGAGGCGCAGCGCGCCAAGCCGUCCAGCCCCGAGAAGGAGGUGGAGAGGGACGUGUUCCUGUUCCGAGCCUACAUCGCCCAGAGGAAAUAUGGAGUGGUCCUGGAUGAGAUCAAAGGCAGUGCCAGCCCUGAGCUCCAGGCAGUGAGGAUGUUGGCAGAGUACCUGGCAAAUGAGAGCCAGAGGGAUUCCAUCGUGGCUGACCUGGACAAGAAGAUGGCCAAGAGUGUGGACGUGGCCAACACCACGUUCCUGCUCAUGGCAGCCUCCAUCUACUUCCACGAGCAGAACCCCGACGCGGCCCUGAGGGCUCUGCACCAGGGGGACAGCCUGGAAUGCAUGGCCAUGAUGAUCCAGAUCCUCCUGAAGCUCGACAGGCUCGACCUGGCCCGGAAGGAGCUGAAGAAGAUGCAGGAGCAGGAUGAGGAUGCAACUCUGACCCAGCUGGCGACUGCCUGGGUGAACCUGGCUGUGGGUGGGGAGAAGCUCCAAGAUGCUUAUUACAUUUUCCAAGAGAUGGCAGACAAGUGUUCCCCCACCCUCCUGCUGCUGAAUGGGCAGGCCGCCUGUUACAUGGCCCAGGGGAAGUGGGAGGAUGCCGAGGGAGUUCUCCAGGAGGCUCUGGACAAGGACAGUGGCCACCCUGAGACCCUCCUGAACCUCGUGGUGCUCUCACAGCACCUGGGAAAGGCUCCGGAGGUCACAAAUCGUUACCUGUCGCAGCUGAAAGAUGCUCACAAAAACCACCCCUUCAUCAAGGAGUAUCAGGCAAAGGAGAACGACUUCGACCGGCUGGCCCUGCAAUACGCACCCAGUGCCUGAGGGACCAGGCUGUGCCCACCCCUGGGCACUGGGGUUCCUGUUCCCUGGAAUAUGGAAAAUGCCCUCUGGAACAUGGAAAAUCCCCUCUGGAACAUGGAAAACCCCCUCUGCAGAUCAGCCUGGUGUCACUUCACCCCGCUGCUCCAGCAGGGGUGGGGCUGUGCCUGUGUCCAGCACCUGAAUUUUGGGGGCUCAAAGCCUCCCCUGGGCCCUGAACUCUGGGGCAGAUCAAGAGGGUGCAACAGUGGCACCUUGAACAUUCCUAAUAAAGCCUCUUCUGGA